AUGCACACAUUCGCGACCGUCGAACGACACUCCUUGGACAACGGCGACCGGGGCCAAAUCUACUGCGAAUACAUUUACGCCGAAAAAGACGACGAGUUCAGAAGUAAAAACGAUAGAGAUGACGACGGCACAAACAUCGUGUUCCUCGUCGACGGCGUGUGCAACGACGGUUUCCAAUUCGAAAAGUUUAUCGAAAGGUGUUGCAGUCACAACUGUUACGCGAUACGAUACGAUUACCGAGGCCACGGCCGAUCGUCGAAUUGCUCGAACGAGAAACCACUGACGGUGGAAACGUGCGUGUCGGACAUGAAGAAAGUUUUAGAGCACUUUUACCGGACGCAUCCGAAUUUAUUACUCAAAGAAGGAGCGUUAGAGGAGGAAAGAGGCCCAAGGAGGAAAAAGAGGCCGUGGUCUCGCAGACGACGAGUGACUUUAAUUAGUUACAGCUUAGGCGCACAAGUCGCAUUGAAGUUUGCGAUCGAAGAAAUAGGAAGCGUGAACGGGGUUGGAAUCGUCAAUGGGACGUUAGAGCCGGCUUUUUACGGGUUGUUUAGGUCAGAGUUUGUGAGCGAUUGCGUCGUGGGAGCGUUGCGAAGGAGCGCUUCGUUCCAACUGUUCGUCGCGUUUUGGAUCCGGAUUUGUAUGGUUUUACUCUCUUUGAACGGGUUUAUCUCGUCUUUGUUGGCGUCAUAUUUCGUCAAAGCGAGCGCGAAGAACUUCAAACCGUUUUGGACGCACGCCAGGCGCGUUCAAGCGCGAUCGUACCUCUCUUUCCUCGUAGACGCGCACUCGAGAGAAGGCAUGGAUAUUUUAGAGUGCUUGGGCUCUUCUUCUUCGCAGGUGGGAGGGGUAAAAAAGUCAGCGUUGCCUCUCUUAUGCAUCGUCGGCAUGAAAGACACUUUGGUCAGAACACAUAAAACAGUCGAAACCGUUCGACGUCUCGCCCCGGAAUGCGACGUCGUCGCGGUCAAAGACGGUUGUCACGCGCUUCUCGUCCACGACGCGCACGCGGAAAAAACGGCGGACGUUUUGCUCGACUUUGUCAAUCGGUGUUCCGUCAUUAACAAAAGCGCAAAAACGAUGACGACGAGCAAUGUGGAAUGGAACGAUCUAUAUGACGACGACGAAGAAGCUUACGAUCGGAAGACUAUGAACGCCCUCUUAGCGUAA